AUGGCGCGAGGCGAGCGGCAGCGGCUGCUGCCUCGCGAGGAGGACGGCCUGGACGUGGAGCUGUCGGUGCGAGACGCGCGCCCUGCGGCCAUAUCGACGCCCAAGCGGCGGCCUCUGCGGACGCAGCGCACGCGCUCCUGGGCCUCGCUGCGCGCCGACGUCUGGACGCUGCUGCACUACCGCACGUCGCUCAAGCAGCGCUCGGGGCUGCAGCGUGCGUCUUACGUCUUCGAGGUGUGCGUGCUCGUGCUCAUCACGCUCAACGUGGUGCUGGCUAUGCUGAAGUGGAUGUUCCGGCCCAUGUCUUUGAUUGACCUCGUCGUGCUGCUCCCGUUCUACCUCGAGAUCUUGCUGGAGAAACAAGUGGCUGUGUCUUCACGCGGUGUGCUAACACUGAGAGGCUUUCGACUCUUGCGUAUCAUGUCGUUUUUGCACCUGGAACACUCGUACCAAGCUAUGAAGAAUCUGCGCGAGAUUUUCGCGCUGAAGAAAGAGGAACUCGGCGUCGUGAGCUACAUGACCAUUGUCAUUGUGCUUACUUCCUCUACAACAAUCUUCUUUCUGGAGAACCCGGCACAGCCUGAGGUAUUCUCGAGCAUCGGCACAUGCUCUUGGUGGGCAAUCGAGACCAUCACGUCUCUCGGGUAUGGCGAUAUCGUCCCCAUCACGGCAGCAGGCCGGGCCUUCUCGUCUCUACUGGCGCUCUGGGGAAUUAUUCUGUUUACAAUUCCUGGUGCCAUACUCGGAAGUGGCUUCGUCGAAGUCAUGCUGAAAAAGCAAGAACUUAAGAACGAGCAGGCGAUGGAAGAGUCGAUCCGCAUUUCACUCACUCGGGAGCUGCGAUCGCUCAGCUCGAGCACCAUUGCCUUUACUGACCCCCACGAAGAGAAGCAGAAGGCGCUUCUGCAGCGCAUCACAGGCUCCGUGGCUCGGCUGCACGAGGUGCUCAAGGAGAUCAACACGCAAAUCGAGGUGCGCCGCGUUCAGUUCCCAUCUAUUAUGUAUUGUUCCCCAUUGCGUUCUGUGUGCAUAAUGUCUCUUAUAUAA